AUGGCCGCUCUCGCCAGCUCCCUUAUUCGCCAGCGCAGGGAGGUCAAGGACCCCCAGGCAAACCGGCAGAUCGCCAGCAAGCGCAAGCCCUGCCCAAAGAGCAACAAGUCGCUCUGCCAGAAGCAAAUCCUCAUAUUAAUAUCGAAGGUUCGACUAUGUGGCAGUCGAGGGAGAAAAAUGGAAAAAAGACCAGAGCCGCAGCUGAAGGGCAUCGUCACGCGGCUUUACUGCAGACACGGCUUCUAUCUCCAGAUGCUGCCGGAUGGCACCAUGGAAGGCACAAAGGACGAAAGCAGCUCCUUCUUGCAGUUCAACUUGAUUCCUGUGGGGCUCAGGAUAGUGGCCAUCCAGAGCACCAAGACAGGGCUCUACGUUGCCAUGAACAGCGAGGGCUACCUCUACACUUCGGAACACUUCACGCCCGAGUGUAAGUUUAAGGAGUGUGUGUUUGAGAACUACUACGUCACCUACUCGUCGAUCCUGUACAGACAGACCCAGUCGGGUCGGGCGUGGUACAUCGGCAUCAACCGAGAUGGACAGGUCAUGAAGGGAAACCGUGUCAAGAAGACGAAGGGAGCUGCGCACUUCCUGCCCAAACUCAUUGAAGUGGCCAUGUACAGGGAGCCCUCUCUACACGACGUUGCUGAGCAGAGUCCGCCCAGGAAAACACCCAAGACCUCCAGUGACUCGCCAGUGCUCCAGAACGGCAAGAAGGACCCUCAAUCCAAAACCAAAACCUCCUCCUCCUAGCGCUCAGAGACACAGGUGGGAGAAGCGGUGAAGGACAUGGGGCACUGGGCACCAGCGGACACCUGAACAGGGUUGUCAGGGCUACCCCCCCACCUGCAACACUAACCCCACGAGUACUCUGUGUACCACAAUGCACUGGUGUAAAGUUGGGGAGAAAAUGGGAGCAGGUGCUGGCAGAGUGGAGCUGGCUAAUGGGAAGCCCCCUUUACCUUCACAGACCCCUAUCCACACCAGCCCUCCACCUUGUUGUUAGAUUGUGAUUAUCAAAGCCUGGGAUAUAAAAGCAAUAACUCCAUGAAGAGGUGAACAGUCGCCUAGCAUCGUAUAGCAUGUCACCACAGAGUGUUUAACCUGCUGGAAGGAAAUCCCACACACACACCCUCCAGCCAUCAAUAUCCUUCCAGUCAACCAAAUAUCCAAGCAAAGUCUUCCUGGUUUUACCACAACGGGGUCAAAUCGGUCCCUCUGCAGCACCUACUUUACAAAUGGGUUGUGUUUUCAUUUCCCCACAGGGUUCCAUGCUAAUGUUAGCCUGACACAGAGCCAUGCUAAUGCGAGGCUGUCACAGAGACCCUUGCAGACUUUUGUUCUGCAGCCAUCUGCUCAGUCCACAUCUUCUGUGCGUGUCAGCGACUUUGUGAGAUGGCCUGGAUACUAGUCAGCUCUGUUUGUGUGUUGAGUGUGUGCGUGUUCCCUUCUUCUUCCAUUCACCUUUGGCGCGAUUUGAUUAGUUUGUGACAUGGACUCAAUUUUCCACUCGGCGGCACAAGAAAACCCCUCCCGUCCUCUCUGGCUCUGUUAAUGGAGUCUGGGGCUGAUCAGAAUCUUUCGACCCUUAAACGAGAGGCCAAGAGCUCCCUCGACACACUGCAUAACCACACACACACACUCAUUAUUAACACUGACAUUUACACACAUGCGGCGAGGCGUGUGUGUACUAUGUGCACACACUUUGGCGUCCUGAUAUCCAUGAGCGACAACUGCAGAGAAAUCAUCUCACGACUUAACACACUUAACACAAUGACAUGCAUUAACACUCACAAAUGCCUUGUGGUGGGUGUGUGCAGGUUCUGGGAGAUGAUGAGGAUAUCAUCACUGAGAUGGGGUACUGAUGGAGCCUGACUGUGUAGCUUGUGAUUGCACUGCAAUAGCUUUUUCACUGUGGCUGGCCAUGCAUUGCACAAACCCCCAAGGCCCACACACUAUCUGGGGACCCUCCAUCCCUCAAUGUGGUAUUGUUGUCUAAAAGGACAAAAAAUCUUUUUAUUUAAUUAUUGCAUCCAAACUGUGAUAUGAUUAAUGAAAAAAACAACAAUUCUGUGCAUAUGAUCAGCAGAUUCCAUGCUACCCCAUCACUGUCCCUAUUUAAUAAAUAUUCUGUACCAUAUGUACUAUUUUUAAAGUGGACCUCCACCCAUUUUACAUGUCAAAGUCAGUUUACAAGUAAUGGGGAGUACAACUGAGUCUGUGAAAACAGUUGUAUAUUGUUUUAUGUCACGUCUGAGAAAAUUACUUGGUUUGAUCAUUGACCCCUU